GUUAUGUUUACAGUAUACUGGCAGACCGAUAAGGAAAAAGGGGACUAUGAAAAAGUGCGACACUUCCAUUCUUCCACAUGGUUCUCUUACUGCUCAGGCGAGCUGUGCAGACAGCGAUAUUAAACAUCUCAUAGGAAAGUUACAGUGUUGUUUUCAGCAGCGAAGUGUUCUUGGUAUCACAGGGCGAGUUUUCAGUCGCACUGGCAGUUGAACGUUUGAAUGCAGAAAGUUGAAGUUUGAAUUUGUUAUUUCCUGCGUCUUUUUGGAAGAUAUACGCACACGGGAGACUAAGUACACAGUGUCUCCAAAUCGGACUGAUCAGACAGACAGAGUACUGCAAAGAAAGAGAGGAGACUUGCAAUAACUUUUACACAUUCAGUCUGUGUGGUUCAAUAAACAUACAUUUCUUGAGUGACUGAAACAAAACUCUGAUGAUAUAACAUUGGCAACUUUUACGCAAUUCACACCAUAACGACAUAAUUCUGAAUAGCAGUUUUUUUUAAAUUAGGUUCAGUGUCUGACCGAGAGACAGAGAAAGAGAAACGAUGGUACAGCACAUCAGCCACGCAGAGAGCACGGAUCCCUUCUCUCCCGGCGGCGACUCCACCGAUACCGGGGAUAUGGACUUGGACAUGGACUCGUCCCCGACUCCCGGGUCUCCGCUAUCCUCCAACGGAGGGGACCGAGGCAACGUCGCCUGGUGUAAAACCCCCACAGGACACAUCAAGAGACCGAUGAACGCGUUUAUGGUGUGGUCUCAGAUCGAGAGGAGAAAGAUCAUGGAGCAGAGCCCGGACAUGCACAACGCCGAGAUCUCCAAGAGGCUGGGCAAGCGCUGGAAACUGCUCAAAGACACGGACAAGAUCCCCUUCAUCCGGGAAGCAGAGCGGCUGAGGCUCAAGCACAUGGCCGACUACCCUGACUACAAGUACCGGCCAAGGAAGAAGGUUAAGACACCCAGUACCAAGACAGAGCGGGGAGAGAGAGGAGAGAAAGGCGCGGAUAGGAGCGGGGGCUCAAAAUCCUCAUUGAAAAAAAGCUCUGGGUCUAUGGGGGCCAGCAGAGCGCACAAGCAGGGACAGGGGAGCGCCAAGCUGGCUAGCCAGGGGCCGGAGUGUGCGUCUCCUGCGGAUCACCACACACUCUACAAAUCCAGGUCAGUGACUAGCGCCCGACAGAUACCAGACAAGCAAACGAGGCGCAACCACAUGUUUGGCGGGGGAGGGAGCUUGGACAGCGGGCCACCCUCUGUGGGAGUCCCGGGCAGUCCUGCCCUGAGCAGCUCGGCUGAGUCCAGUGACCCGAUGAGCCUGUACGAUGACCAGGUGACAGGGACGACCAAAGCGCGCUCCACUAACCCUUCAUCAUCCUCAUCAUCAAAGGCCCGCCUCAGGUAUACACGUGCGUCCUCUCCAACCCCGUCCGCCUCUCACUCCUCUUCCUCCUCCCUCUCUUCUUCCUCGGACGAAGAGCCGGAGGAUGAGCGGUUCGAGCUACAGCCGAGCCCUGGGUUUAAGAGCAUGUCUCUGGGCAGCACGGGGCCGUGUGUGUCGGAGCUGGAUAGGGAUCUGGACUGGAGCUUCGGGGAGUGCGGGGCGGGAUCUCACUUUGACUUCCCCGACUACUGCACCCCAGAGGUCAGCGAGAUGAUCUCGGGAGACUGGCUGGAGUCCACCAUCUCCAACCUGGUCUUCACCUACUGAGCGGCAGAGAGGAGGAGAGAAAAGAACAGAGAAAACAAGGGAAAGAAAACCCCCGCCUCGCGCAAAACUAAAACCCCGUGAGUGAGAAUCAUCAGACAUUCUUUCAGAUUAUUGGGGAGUGAAACGUGCACAACAACAAAAAAUUCCCCUGCGUUUCGGAAAAGAAUAGCCUCAUUUGAACGCCGUGUGUUUAGGUUAUUCAGGCGUGGUGUGUGCAUAAAAACAUCAUAUGUUUCAUCUUGUGCGUAUUGACAGGGAUCAAAGACACGAAUUGGGACAGGCAUGGGCGCAUUGCUACCUAGUGCGCAGAGCAGACGGUAAUAAAGUGCUUAGCUUGCAUUUGGAGACGGGAGAAAUACUUUCUUACUCCCUCUGAUCCCGCCUCUGUUUAGGAGUGACACACAGACGGACUUACUGAACGGAAGCAUUCAACCGGGCCGCAGAAGGACGUUUUGCUGGCUGACCGGAAGCAUUCAACCGGGCCUGAUGGUGAUGAUGACUGUAUGAAUAAAGUACAUUUUUGGAGAGCUUGACGUUGCAAGGUGGUUGAACGUUUUAUAAGUGACCUAGUCUGGUUAUUCCACCUGUGUUGAUGGAGUUAAUAUUCAGGUUGUUUUUUUCUUCUCAAUUUUAGAAUAUUAAUGAUAACAGCAGGCACGCGUUCCCUAUUGUUCAAUUUUAGAAUAUUAAUGAUAACAGCAGGCACGCGUUCCCUAUUGUUCAAUUUUAGAAUAUUAAUGAUAACAGCAGGCACGCGUUCCCUAUUGUUCAAUUUUAGAAUAUUAAUGAUAACAGCAGGCACGCGUUCCCUAUUGUUCAAUUUUAGAAUAUUAAUGAUAACAGCAGGCACGCGUUCCCUAUUGUUCAAUUUUAGUGAUGAACCUGAAAUAAUAAUGUUUAUUACAAUGUGAUUACGGCGCUGACUGUGUGUGUGUGUGUGUGUGUGUGUGUGUGUGUGUGUGUGUGUGUGUGUGUGUGUGUGUGUGUGUAACCACAGAACACAGUUCACAAUCACCAGCUUUCCUCUCAACGGCAGGACUUUUAAUUAACAACUUAAACUCAGACUCUUUUGUCUGAAACCUUUUACGCUCUCAAUGCACAUUUCAGGACCAUUUCCCUAAUUCCGCAACUCCUAGUGCUUCUGAUUUUGUAGUUAUUCUAUAUCAGAUUACGUUUUUUUAUAUCGAUGUAUUUAUACCAGCCGAACACAUGUUUUCUUUUUAUACUUUGAAGUAUUGUUAUCGUAUAAUAGGUCUCGUUUAUGUGUAAGCCAUGCACCUGUCUGUAUCCCUCUGCGGGAGGGCUAGACGUGUAUCUUAUUUGAAUGUUAAUAUCUCUCACUUUUUAAAGGAGAACUCAGUGUGUCAUUUUCUUACACGUGGAUUUUUGUAGAAGAUCUAAGGAACGUAUGCCGGUGGAUUUUUGGUUGGUUUCCCUAUAUCCUCGAAGCCAGAGGGUCCGUUGUCACACAAUCUGCUCCCUAUACUAUGUUUACUCUUGAUAGUAUCACGCCACAUGCUUCUUAAAGGCACAGUGUCUAUAUUUCACCAGCCGAGUAAACAAACUCACACACUACUACACUGGAGCAUCAUCUGCACCCAGUGACUGCGUUUCUACAGUGGGUUUGGAUAACCUGGACCCAAUCUGUUUGCGCUAUCAUGUUAAGACCUUGCAAGGGAGUGGCAUGAUGGCACAAACAGACUGGUACCCAGGCUAUAUCAGAACUGUUAAAGAGAGAGAGAGAUGCUGUUGGAUUGAUAGAAAACAUCUGUAUGCUUUUAUGGUGAUACGUUUGAUUUGAAACCACUGGAUGGAAUGUGACACUCACUCAUUCUAAAUGCCUGUUUGAGUCAGAUGGAGGUGGAGGGAGGUGGAGGGAGAUGGAGGGAGAUGGAGGGAGGUGGAGGGAGUGCUUUGAUUGUCUAUCAUUGUGCAAUUGCAUAAUAGAAUAUUUAGUAAGGUUUUUUUCUACCUGUUGGCUUACUUACUAGCAAAUUGUUUUCCUAUAUUAUGGCAUGGCAAAUUAGCAUUUGUAUUUCAGAUUCAGGUAUAUGUAUAGCUGUUGUGUUUAAGAUUAAAAAAAAAUAAUAAUGUCAAUUGAAGAUAUUUAUGUUUAUUGACUGUAUUAUAAGGCAGAUUGUGUUUAUGAUUUAUGUAUAAUGGUCAACAACAGGCACUAAAAUUGCGAUCUUUCGACAUUCUGAUGUUAAAGAUGAUUGGUCCAGGAAUGUCUAUCUUUAUACCAUUUUAUUUUUCUUUAUUUUUUUUUCUUCAUUUGUGCAAUAUGCUGUGUGUAUGAUAAUGUUUCCUCCAAUCAUACCAUAACUCAUUUGAAUAUAGAACUCAACGCCAGCCAAUCGGGUCAAUGACUGCCUCAGACCUCUGUACAGAAAAUGUUUAUUUGUUUGUUUGUUUGUUUGUUUAUGUUUUUUUUCAAGAAGGAAAUAAAAUCAGCUGGAACUGAA